GGCAAGACGUUUACCCCUAUGCUUCAUGCGCUUCUUCUUCUUCUCCUUUUGCCAUAUGUGGGAAAUCAUGGCUAGAGUAACAGCAAUGUCUGCGAGGCAACAACGACUUCUUCACAUGCAGGCCCGUAUUGCGUUGUCAUGAUUGCGGCUGCGAUUGUCGUUGUAGUUUUGCUGUCACUCGGUUCCCACACAACCGGAUCCUCAACCAAGCGCGCAGCCCCACGUUUGCCUACUUCCCGACGGUGCUCAAAUGACGAACAGAAUAAGUGUGUUCGCUGGGAGACAAGACAAGCCAAAAACACCUCGCAGACCAACAAUGCUUUCAUCUUGUAUCUGUUGGUUCGCAUUUGGGGUCCCCGUGUCGUCACGGCUAUUCUCGCCUGCUGGCGGGCGCAGCACCGAUGCUUUUGGCUGGUGCUCGUUCAUGCCCUGAGUCUUUCGAUUCGCGGCAGGGUCUGGAAGCUAUCGACAUCACAGCCACUGCAUUGCUGUCAAAAGUUCCUGCCCGGCAUCUUCACUGGAUCGAUCAUAAGGCUGGCUGGCCAACAUGAGACGGCAGCUGCUGACCAGCAGUAGGCCGAGAUUGAUGGCCAGGCAUCGUCGUCGAUAUCGUGCCAGCUUGUUGGCGCGCUAAAUCCCGAACAUACCAACGGAAAACAACUCCGUUUUCAUGGCUCAGAGUAGACAAACUGCCAGCUACAUCUCUAGCGGGCUAUUGUUUGAACGGCAACGUGCC